AUCCUAUUGUCUUCUCAAAAAAGUCCUUUCAUUGAAAAUAACGUACAUAGUAAGAAGUUCCACUUUAAAAUCACAACUCCAAUCAUUGCAGUAAACCGCUGGGCUGAUGAAAAUUCGCGGAACAUGAACUUUAUUCGAAAGGUUUUAAUCUUAUAUAUAUGCAUGCCUCUGAUACAAUGUGUUCGAUUAAGGCGAAUCAAAAUUUCUUCAAAAGUUGAUCCCUGUAAUCCGUUGUACUGGUAUCCUAAGAAUAUUCCAGAUUAUUGCAACUUUAGGACUUCUGAGAAACCUGUUCCUGCUAUGAUACCGUUGCCAGCUCCUCCUCCAGUACUGUCUAUUCCUCCUCCAGUACUGUCUAUUCCACCUCCCUUUCCAGCACCUUUUCCACCCUCUUUACCAUUGCCAUAUCCACAGCUAAUACCAGCAAUGCCUGCUCUAUCACCAUUAAUGCUUUAUGGGCUACCUUACUCAAAUCCUAAGUUUCCUAGCUAUUCUCCUGCCUUUCACUCCCAGGCAAGUAUGGUACCAGGCGUACCAGGAAUAGUUAGUAAUGAUGGUGGGAUAAAUAUAAUGCCUUUCUCAGACGUUUAUGCUGAUGUGCUCGAGAAACAUAAAGAUAGAAUGAUUAGAAGAAAACUGAAUAAAAUUUUAGAUAGUUAUGAAUAUCGUCGUCUUCGUCAAUGGAAAUGAAACGUUUUUCGACAUUUUCGAACAAACAGACAAGGAAAAAAUAACUUUAAAAAAACCCUUAGUUCUUUUUGUAUACAGUUCCUUAACUGAUUUAUUCAUCUGUUUUAUUUAAAUCCUUAACUACAUGUAUUGGUGGUUAUUUUUUCCCCAUUAAAACUUGUAAAAAGUUUUUAAAUAACUAAUUGUUUUGUGGUCACAUUUUAAAUAUAUUUUGUUUUAAGAUAAUAAUAAAACUUAUGCC